CCACUCUCAGGCUGGGGAAAGAGAAAGGGGGUUCCUGCCCCAUUCCUGGGAUUCACUAACCUGUCCUAGGCUACUGGAUGGUGGCUCACCAGGCAGCAGGUUUAGGUACUGUCUUCACAGCUCCUGGCCACAAUCCUGGAGCCCCUGAGGAAGCAGGGGAUGCGGACGAGUGGGGGAGACCAACCAAGCCCACAGCACAGGCUUCCCAGCUGAGCAGGUGAAGGCCCUCAUGGACCUGCUGGCUGGGAAAGGCAGCCAGGGCACUCAGACCCCACAGGUCCCUGCUAGGACACCUGAUUCCCCACUGAGAUCCCACAGCAAUGACUCAAGGAUACAGAGGCACCGAGAGGCUCUACUGAGCAGGGUAGGAGGCAGCCCAGAGCCUUGUGGCCCCUCACACCGGCUGGCCAGCCUCCUGAUGGUGGAGGGCCUGACAGACCUACAGCUGAGAGAGCACGACUUCACACAGGUGGAGGCCACUCGUGGGGGUCAGCGUCCCGCCAGGACCCUUGCCCUGGACAGGCUCUUUCUGCCUCUGUCCAGGGUGUCCAUCCCACCACGCGUCUCCAUCACUGUUGGGGUGGCUGGCAUGGGCAAGACCACCCUGGUGAGGCACUUUGUCCGCCUGUGGACCCAAGGGCAGGUGGGCAAGGAUUUCUCGCUGGUGUUGCCCUUGACCUUCCGGGACCUCAACAUUCAUGAGAAACUGUCUGCAGAGAGACUCGUCCGCUCUGUCUUCCCAAAUGUCGGGGAGUCUGGCCUGGUAGUGACAGCCCCGGCCAGGGUGCUCCUGGUCCUAGAUGGCUUAGAUGAGUGUAAGAUACCUCUAGAUUUCUCAAACACUGUGGCCUGCACGGACCCCAAGAAGGACAUUCAGGUGGACCACCUGAUUACCAACAUCAUCCGAGGCAACCUCUUUCCAGAUGUUUCUGUCUGGAUCACCUCCCGCCCCAGUGCAGCUGGCCAGAUCCCAGGGGGCCUGGUGGACCGAAUGACGGAAAUCCGGGGCUUUACUGAAGAGGAGAUCAAGGUGUGUCUGGCGCAGAUGUUUCCCGAGGACCAGACCCUCUUGAGUCAGGUCCUGAGCCAGGUGCAGGCUAACAGGGCUCUGUAUCUGAUGUGCACCGUCCCAGCCUUCUGCAGGCUCACAGGGGUGGCAUUGGGUCACUUGUAUCGCAGCAGGACGGUGCCCCAGGACACAGAGCUGUGGCCUCCACGGACCCUGUGUGAGCUCUACACUUGGUACUUCAGGAUGGCCCUCGGUGGAGAGGGACAGGAGAAGGGCAAGGUGAGCCCUCGGAUUGAGCAUGUGGGCCAUGGUGCUCGCAAGAUGGUGGGGACGCUGGGCCGUCUGGCCUUCCAUGGGCUGGUCAAGAAGAAGUAUGUAUUUUACGAGCAAGACAUGAAAGCAUUUGGCGUGGACCUUGCUCUGUUACAGGGCACCCUGUGUAGCUGCUUCCUGCAGCGGGAGGAGACACUGGCUUCCUCAGUGGCCUACUGCUUCUCCCACUUGUCCCUGCAGGAGUUUGUGGCAGCCAUGUAUUAUUACAGCGCGUCCAGGAGAGCCAUCUUUGACCUCUUCACUGAGAGCGGCAUGUCCUGGCCCAGGCUGGGCUUCCUCACACAUUUCAGGAGUGCAGCCCAGAGGGCCAUGCAGGCAGAAGAUGGGAGGCUGGAUGUGUUUCUGCGCUUCCUCUCAGGGCUCUUGGGUCCAAGGGUCAAUGCCCUGCUGGCUGGCUCUCUGUUGGCCCAGGGUGAGCACCAGAGCUACCGAGCUCAGGUGGCUGAGCUUCUACAGGGGUGCCUGCGCCCCAACACUGCAGUCUGUGCUCGCGCAGUCAACGUUCUGCACUGCCUACACGAACUGCAGCACACAGAGUUGGCCCGCAGUGUGGAGGAAGCCAUGCAGAGCGGAGCCCUAGCCAGGCUGAGUGGCCCCUCCCACCGUGCUGCCCUGGCCUACCUCCUGCAGGUGUCUGACACCUGUGCCCAGGAGGCCAACCUGUCUCUGUGCCUCAGUCAGGGUGUCCUCCAGAGCCUGCUGCCCCAGCUUCUCUACUGCCAGAGUCUCAGGCUGGACAACAACCAGUUCCAGGACCCCGUGAUGGAGCUGCUGAGCAGUAUGCUGAGUGGGAAGGACUGUCGCAUUCAGAGGGUCAGCCUGGCUGAGAACCAGAUCAGUAACAAAGGGGCCAAAACUCUGGCCAGAUCCCUCCUGGUCAACAGAAGCCUGACUGCUCUGGACCUCCGCAGUAAUGCCAUCGGACCACAGGGGGCCAAGGCACUGGCAGAUGCCCUGAGGAUUAACCGCACUCUAGCCUCUCUGAGUCUCCAGGGCAACACGAUCAAGGAUGAUGGCGCCAGGUGCAUGGCCGAGGCCUUGGCCUCCAACCAGACUCUCUCUGUGCUGCACCUACAAAAGAACACCAUUGGGCCCAUGGGAGCCCAGCGGAUGGCAGAUGCCCUGAAGCAGAACAAGAGUCUGAAGGAACUCAUGUUCUCCAGUAACAGCAUUGGUGAUGGAGGUGCCAAGGCUCUGGCUGAGGCCCUGAAGAUGAACCAAGUCCUGGAAAGCUUAGAUUUGCAAAGCAAUUCCAUCAGUGACACAGGAGUGGCAGCUCUGAUGGAGGCCCUCUGCACCAACCAGACCCUCCUCAGCCUCAACCUGCGAGAAAACUCCAUUAGCCCCGAGGGAGCACAGGCCCUUGCUCAAGCUCUCUGCAUGAACAGCACCUUGAAGCACCUGGAUCUGACAGCCAAUCUCCUCCACAACAAGGGUGCCCAGGCCAUCGCAGUGGCAAUGGGAGAAAACCGUGCGCUCACGUCACUUCAUCUGCAGUGGAACUUCAUCCAGGCCAGUGCUGCCAGGGCCUUGGGACAAGCACUCCAGCUCAACAGGAGCCUGACAAGCUUAGACUUACAGGAGAAUGCGAUUGGUGACGAAGGAGCUUCUGCAGUGGCCAGUGCGCUCAAGGUGAACACAGCCCUCACUGCUCUCUACCUCCAGGUAGCCUCCAUUGGCACCCAGGGGGCCCAGGCACUGGGAGGCCUGGCUGUGAACAGGACAUUGGAGAUUCUUGACUUACGAGGAAAUGCCAUCGGGGCGGCUGGAGCCAAGGCCCUGGCAAAUGCUCUGAAGGUCAACUCCAGUCUCCGAAGACUCAAUCUCCAAGAAAACUCCUUGGGGAUGGAUGGGGCCAUAUUCAUUGCCAGUGCACUGUCUGGAAACUGCAGGCUGCAGCACAUCAAUCUCCAGGAAAAUCUCAUUGGGGAAUCUGGUGCUAGGAUGAUCUCAGAGGCUAUCAAGACAAAUGUUCCUGCAUGCAUUGUGGAAAUGUAAGGAAAUCAAGUUCCUGGUGGAUCAUGCAGGACCAGUAGAGACUCAGCUGGAAGUUUUCAAGCAGAAUGAAUGAUCUCCAACUUCUGUGAUCCAGAAUGCUGCUGGCCCAGCACCAGAGCUGUUCUCCUGCAGGGAGAAAGGAAAGGAGCUACCAAAGGAAGUCAUGGGCACUUCUCCUGCCCAGGUUCAGGGUGGAAGGACACUCUGCCAUGGCACAGAGAGGAGAGGAGCUGCCACCAAGGGACUCGGGGACAAAGCCUGAAAACUCAGCAAUGUUGGAAGCUGGUCCCAGCUUUUUUAUACCCUGAGUCCUUUAUGUGCCCCAACUUAAAACAAAUCUAUCUCUGCUCCUUUUUACUCAGGUGGUGAACGUCACCCUCUCUUCUGAAGUUGCCAGCUUCAAGCCCAUUAAGAACAUCAGCUUGGCAGGGGUGACAAUGGAGACCCUUCAUCCCUGUCUCAAGAAGAAAAGGCUUAGGUUGUCAUCUUUACAGGCUUAGGGAGAAAUUAUAGGAAGUUUGUGAAGAGAAAUGAAGGGUUAAUUCUAAGAUUCUGGAGACAAAGAAAGGUCUUCAAGGGCUUUGCCUCUCAUUCAUUAUGAGAUCUCUCUCUGUGGAGUUGAGAGCUCUGCAGAAUGGAGAGCUGGGAAUGCUGUGCCCUGUACAAACUGAGCACUAGAGAAGCCUGAGGGGCCAGAACUGUGGAGAAAAAGCCCCAUUAGAAUGAAAAGGAAGCCCCCCCUACCCCACCGCCCCCAGCCCAAGUCUCUCUAGCAUUCCUCUGACAAGGCAUUACAGCUUGCUGGCUGGCAGAGGAGAAAUAUUUCCAAGGCCCUACCUGCCUUACAGAGCGGGUCGA